AUGUCGGAUUUUCCUGGGAAAAUGAGCUCGGAAAGUGAGGAGCACAGUUUACUAGCACACUCUGAAUCGAAUACACAAGAAGUCGCCAAACAUUCAAGGAUUGCAUAUACAAGGGAUUUUAUGUUCUCUUUAGAACAUUUGGAUGCGGGCAAGCAAUUACCGGGUGGGAUCAAACCGUCAAUUUUAAGUGAACUUGAGUCCCAUGUUUCUUCGCAAUCUUCUCGUGCAUCAGAUUGUGAAAGAUGGCAUGGCACCUUACCUAGAUGUUUAUUGCAAAACUCAUUAUCUGUUGGACUUCUGGGAAAUGAUGCGGUACUGGGAGCAUAUGGACUGAUUUCUGGGGCUUCUGCUCCGAAGUUUCAAGACAACAGUCCUCCCCUACUCCAUAGGAGCAAAGAACCAUUUAGGCCUCGAUUCCUCUCUAAGGCAGAGUGUCAUUCAGGGAAGAGCCCCUGGGAUUUGUGUAAAGAUGAGACACUUGGUUCUUCUGAGUGUCUGAGUGAGAAGGAAGAAGAGGAGAAAGCGAGAAGAGAUUUGUUUGAGGUGAUUACGGAAGGACAUGAAACAGCUAUCCAAGAGAAGCAAAAGAAAAAUCCAAAUGAGCAUGAGGAAAAUUCCAAAUUUGUCACGCUUCUGGAGGAUUCUGCAUAUAGUCAGAGAAACAAAUGUGAAGAACAUGUAAUAUCCCCUGCUUCAGUUGAGAAUAUUGAAACAAAAUCCUUAACCAAUUCCCUCAUACCAGAGUGGUCUGAUCCUACUGCAAACCAUACCAAGAGCCGUGAAAUUUGCUGUUCUAAAUUUGCUCAUCACUUUCCUGUUACAGAGACAAAGCCUACCUGUGGCAUCUCUUCUUGCAGUGAAGGAUCUGAAUCUAUGGCUCAUGGAGUGUCAAAGGACCUUACCCGAGAACCAUUGUAUUGUACAGGUUCCAGAAAGAGAUUGCAAUCAACUUAUGCAUCUUCUCUCAUUGAACAACUUAUUGCAGAUAACUAUGUCUUUCCUUCAACAACUAAUGAAUAUGGACUCAUUGGGUUCGAUUGUGAAGCCAGCAUGUCCUCUAGCUCUGUUGAUCAAAGUAAGAGCAAGGAAAAUCAGUUUGUCUCUGAUGAUUUCAUAGCAGCAUUCAGAUCGGGUGUUGAAAUUGACCCGGGGUUGAAACUCAGUCCUGACAGCUGCUUUGAUGGAAAAGACAGUCUUCCCAUUGAACUUCUGUUGCCUGAUGAGGACAGCUUAAUUACAGUGGAUGACUUCAGAUUUACGCCUGACAAGGAAGAUAACACCAUGCUUAUGGUUGAAGGAAUUCCAGUCAAAGCUGAUAGGGUAAGCUCAAUUUCACCAGUUGAUACUUGUAGGAGGCUAACGGGCUUGAAUAUUUUCAAAAAUGAAAGAUCUACUCAACUGAGUUCAGAAGGUUCUGAACAAAAUGCAUGCAAAAGUCCUGCACAGUUUCAUCAAGCACAACCAAAACAGGGGAGGACAUCUUUUCAUCCACUAGAUUCUCAACCAAUUCAAGCUCAUAUGCGUUCUCAAAUGAAACCCAUAACCUCAAACUACAAUUGUCACAAGCCAUCCCACCAUCCUUCGGCUACAAACCUAGUCCCCGCGAGUACUUUCCAUCACUUUCAUGCCAAACCAUAUCAGCAACUGCAGCAGCCGAUGCUCAUUCCAGGAAUUCUUCCACACCAAAUAUUUGGGUCUCCAAGACGUGCAAUGGCUCCUCUUCCCAGUGAUCAAUCUCGUUACAUGCAGGAGUUGGGUCCUAUUCAAGAUUUUCCAUUGAACUUCCAGUUGUCAAAUCAUGGAUGUUUUGGAAUGCCAAAUCCAGGUGAAACUGAGCGCAAUACAAUGCAGGGGCAGGCUUUUACCUCUGGAAACAGUAUGGCUAAUGGAGCGUCUCUGGAUGUCAUCGUAUGCGUGGACACAAAUUAA